AUUCUGCUUCCGCUGUCCCGUCAGAGUCCGUUCAGCGAAGAUGGCGAAUGCGGGGGUCUCGGUGGCUUCGCUAUGGACCGAAGUGAACCGCUGCGGACAGAAUGGAGACUUCACAAGAGCGCUGAAAGCAUUGACUAAAAUUUUGCACGAAAACAGGGAUGAUGUGACGGCCCUUCACUGUAAAAUUGUUUGCCUUAUUCAGAAUGGCACCUUCAAAGAGGCGCUGAAUGUCAUGAACACCCACUCAAAAGUGCUUGGCAGUGAGGUUGUGUUUGAGAAGGCGUACUGCGAGUACCGGCUGAACAGAGUGGAAAGUGCCCUGAAGACCAUUGAAGGUGCCCCUGAACAAACAGACAAGCUGAAGGAGCUCUACGGUCAAGUGUUGUACAGACUGGAGCGCUAUGAUGACUGCAAGUCCGUCUACACAGAUCUGAUCAGGAACUCCCAGGAUGAGUACGAAGAGGAGAGGAAAACCAACCUUGCUGCUGUGGUGGCUUCUAUGAGUCAGUGGGAGAACGCUCCGUUGGAAGAUCUUGGUCUUCCUGAGUCCACGUAUGAGCUGUGUUACAAUGCUGCCUGCGCUCUGAUUGGCCAAGGGCAGUUUACAGAGGCCCUCAAUAAACUACAACAAGCAGAGGAGCUCUGCAGAGUCUCUUUGGCUGAUGAUUCUGAUGUGACUGAAGAGGACAUUGAGUCAGAGCUGGCAGUCAUCCAUUCUCAGAUGGCGUACAUCAUGCAAUUACAAGGUCGGACCGACGAGGCACUGCAACUCUACAACCAGGUCAUCAAGCUCAAGCCAUCAGAUGUGGGACUGCUUGCUGUGACUGCCAACAAUAUCAUUACAAUAAACAAGGACCAAAAUGUGUUUGACUCAAAGAAAAAGGUGAAAUUGACAAAUGCUGAAGGAGUUGAAUACAAGCUGGCAAAGAAGCAGCUGCAGGCCAUUGACCUCAACAAAGCCUUGCUGGCCAUGUACACUAACCAGGCUGACCAGUGCAGGAAACUGUCAUCCAGUCUUCAGUCCCAGAAUCCGGGUCACCCGCGGCCGGUCCUCAUCCAGGUUGCUCAGUUGUGCCGGGAGAAGCAGCACAGCAGGGCCAUAGAGCUGCUGCAGCAAUUCUCAGACCAACAUCCAGAGAGUGCAUCUGGCAUCAAAUUAACAAUGGCACAACUUUAUUUAGUGCAAGGUCAUGUGACAAAGGCUUGUGAUGUCCUGAGGUCCAUUGAAGAGUUCAAGCACAAAUCAGGGAUGAUUUCAGCUCUGGUCACGAUGUACUCCCAUGAAGAAGACAUUGACAGCGCUAUCGACAUUUUCAAACAAGCUAUAGAGCACUAUCAGUCUGAACAGCCUGGAUCUGCUGCACACUUGGCACUCGUACGAGAAGCAGCCAAUUUCAAACUGAAGUACGGACGGAAAAAAGAAGCCAUUAGUGACCUGGAGCAGCUGUGGAAGCAAAACACCAACGACAUCCACACACUGGCACAACUUAUAUCAGCUUAUUCUCUGGUGGACACGGAUAAAGCCAAAUCCCUCAGCAAACACCUACCGUCUGCAGACACAAUGGCCUUCAAUGUGGACGUGGACGAGCUGGAGAACUCUCACGGAGCGACCUAUGUUAGGAAAAAAGCUGCAAAGGUCACAGGAGAAAACCUUCCCAAAGAACAAGGCCAAGGCGAGAUCAAAAAGAAGAGGAAGAAGAAAAAAGGCAAGCUGCCCAAAAACUGUGACCCCAAAGCGACCCCUGACCCUGAGAGGUGGCUGCCCAUGAGGGAGCGUUCCUACUACAGAGGCAAGAAGAAGGGCAAGAAGAAGGAGCAGAUCGGAAAGGGCACACAGGGAGCGACAGCAGGAGCUUCAGCCGAGCUUGAUGCCAGUAAGACGGCCAGCAGCCCCCCUACCUCCCCUAGACCAGGCUCUGCCUCUGGCGCAUCUACAGCUCCUGCCAGCAACGUGGUCCCGCCUCGACAGCAGAAACCUGCAGCCUCGGGGGCCACGCGCAAGAAGGCACCACAGAAGAAGAAGAAAGGAGGAAAAGGCGUCUGGUAGUUGGGGGGGAAGCGGCACGCAAGUGGAGGGAACAGAGUAUACACUGAUGUCUGUGGCUGAGACAUCGCCAAGAAAUCAUAAGCUUUUCACAUUUUUUUGUGUUGAGUUUCACCUAUUUUUCGGUCUGGCCUUUCACUUUAACAUGAAACCAAAAGUUCCCCUUUGAUCCUCUGUCAUUAAUUUGUUUUUUGAAGUACAGAGGAGAGCAUAUUUAAAGGACAGAUAUGCUCAAAUUAACUUUGUUGCUCUGCAAAAGAAGGUAUCUUAAAUAGUUUUUACUUUGUUUUGACAUGUGACCUUUUAAGACCACAGUCAAAAGAAGAAAAUGAAGAUAUUGCCACUUAAUGUUUUUUAAUGGAAGGCCCAGAGAAUGGAAACAUGUCUUUUCUGUACUGUUACAUGGUGUUAUUGGCUGUAUGGUUUUAUCAUUAUAUGCCAAGUUUACAUCUGUACAAUUCUGUAAUAAAAUGCAAUCAUAGAUUUUUGAUUCAGGAAACUUCUGUUCAAUAAAGUUUUAAUUAAAUCCUUGAAAUCAUGACCCUCUUGACAUGAAAGCCAUUUUGUGGGACCUUUCGUUUUCAUUUAGAUACGACCACAGAUAAGGUCUAACGAUAGUGCUGCUUUUGCAAAGUAACUGUCCUUAAUGUUUCUUAUGUCUGCAUAGUAGGAUGUCACACGUCAUUCAUACAUCCUAAAUGUCCCUUUACUUUCAGUCAGCUGCAAAGAUGCAAUGCUAGAUAUUUAUUUUUCAGUCCCUGUUUUGGUUUCAAUUCAAGCUAAAGGAUUUCAUUCUUGAUUUAAAUUUUGUCAGCUGCAUGUUUCAGGAAGUGAUAGACCAAACAGGUGUCCCAUUUUGUUAAGUCUUAAUAAAACGUCUUUACAGCAACA